AUGGGCGCCGCAGACACCGUCGCCGCGCUGGAAGGCGCGUCACUGCCGGGCAUCGUGGGCAUAGGCCUGCUGCUGGGCCUCGUGCACGUGCUGACGGGCCCCGACCACCUGAGCGCGCUCAUCGUGCUGAGCGCCGGGUCGUCGUGGCGCUCGUGCCAGCUGGGCAUGCGCUGGGGCUGCGGCCACUCGACGGGGCUCGUGGUCGUGACCGCGUGCUUCCUGGCGCUCAACCGGCACCUGGACGUGGACACGUUCGGCAGCUACUGCGACUUCAUGGUGGGCUUCCUCAUGAUGGGGCUCGGGCUCUGGAGCCUGCGCUACUACGUGCUGCUCGGGCGCCGGCUGCGGCUCAAGCACCAGCCCGCGGGCGAGAGGACGCCGCUGCAGCUCGAGGCGGAGCUGCAGGAGGACGUGGACAGCGACUCGGAGGUCCAGAAGAUCCUGCACGCGCACCAUCUGGACCACAAGGGUCCUUCUGAGACGUCCACCGAGGUCCAGGAGGACCAACCAGUGACCAAGACCUGUUGCUUCGGCCUCGUCACGGCGGACAUCAAGAACCCGCACACGCAGAAGCUCACGGCCUUCGCCUACGGGACGGCCCACGGCCUGGCGGGCACCGGGGGCAUCCUGGGCGUGCUGCCGGCCGUGAUCCUCAACGACUGGGCCAAGUCCUCCGCCUACCUCGGCGCCUUCUGCGUGUCCUCCAUCUUCACCAUGGGCGGCUUCGCAGCGCUGUACGGAGAAGUCACGGGCCGCAUGAGCCGCUUCUCGGACUCGUCGCUCGUGCGCGUGGGCAUCUUCUCGUCCUGCGUGUCGCUCUGCGUGGGCAUCAUGUGGGUCAUCCUCGUCUCGACCGGCACCUUGGACGAGGUGUUCGGGUAA